GAGACACCCAGCAGCCCUGCCUUUACUCCCCCUUCCAACACCUCUUUCUUGCCAGAGGAGAGAAUAGCAGGGACACGAGAUCGUCAUCUGGUGGAAUAUCUGGGAUCACCGCAUUGGAUUUGGGACUGAUUAUUACUGUUUGACUAUUAUUGUUAUUGGUUGUUGUUGUUUUUUAAAGCCCAGGAGGGAAAGGGCAAAAACUGUCGGAUAUAUUUAACAUGAUCUUAGCAAACACCUUUUGCAUCCUCUUCUUUCUGGACGAGUCCCUGCGCUCCCUGGCCAGCCCCUCCUCCCUGCAGGGCUCAGAGCUCCACGGCUGGCGGCCCCCCGUAGACUGUGUCCGGGCAAAUGAGCUGUGUGCAGCUGAGUCCAACUGUAGCUCCAGGUACCGCACCCUGCGGCAGUGCCUGGCUGGCCGGGACCGGAACACCAUGCUCGCCAACAAGGAGUGCCAGGCUGCCCUGGAAGUGCUACAGGAAAGUCCCUUGUAUGAUUGCCGGUGUAAGCGGGGCAUGAAGAAAGAGCUGCAGUGUUUACAGAUCUAUUGGAGCAUCCACUUGGGGCUUACAGAGGGAGAGGAAUUUUAUGAAGCCUCACCCUAUGAGCCUAUCACCUCCCGCCUCUCAGACAUCUUCAGGCUUGCUUCAAUCUUUUCAGGGACAGGGGCAGAUCCAGCCAUGAGCGCGAAGAGUAACCACUGCCUAGACGCUGCCAAGGCCUGCAACCUGAACGAGAACUGCAAGAGGCUGCGUUCUGCCUACAUCUCUACCUGCAACCGCGAGGUCUCCAACUUUGAGCGUUGCAACCGCCGCAAGUGCCACAAGGCCCUGCGCCAGUUCUUUGACAGGGUGCCCAGCGAGUAUACCUACCGCAUGCUCUUCUGCUCCUGCCGAGACCAGGCCUGUGCCGAGCGCCGCCGGCAGACCAUCCUCCCCAGCUGCUCCUACGAGGACAAGGAGAAGCCCAACUGCUUGGACCUGCGGAACCUGUGCCGGACCGACCACCUGUGCCGGUCCCGGCUGGCAGACUUCCAUGCCAAUUGUCGUGUCUCAUACCAGACAAUGACCAGCUGCCCUUCAGACAACUACCAGGCAUGUCUGGGCUCCUAUGCAGGCAUGAUUGGGUUUGAUAUGACGCCGAACUAUGUGGACUCCAACCCCACCAGCAUUGUGGUGUCCCCUUGGUGCAGUUGCCGAGGGAGUGGAAACAUGGAGGAAGAGUGUGAAAAGUUCCUGAAAGACUUCACAGAGAACCCAUGUCUCCGAAAUGCUAUCCAGGCCUUUGGCAAUGGUACGGAUGUGAAUGUGUCCCCCAAGAAUCCCCUAUUCCAUGCCACUCAGUCUCCUAGGAUGGAGAAGACCCCAUCCUUGCCAGAUGAUCUCAAUGACAGCACCAGCCUGGGGACUAGUGUCAUCACUACCUGUACAUCUAUCCAGGAGCAGGGACUGAAACUCAAUAAGUCCAAAGAGCUGAGCAUGUGCUUCACAGAGCUCACCACGAACAUCAUUCCAGGAUCCAAUUUUGUGGGAUCUCCUGACUCAGUUGAUGGCCGGCCCAGACCUGUGAUUAUCCUGACUGCAGUCACCUUCCUAUUGCUGACCCUGGCAUUAGACAAAGGUGAUGCCAUGAAGCACUUGACUCUGGAAGGACCCAAAGCUGUGAUCAGAAGAGGCUGGAGGGAGAUGUGCUCCUGGUACAUUUCUAUCUUUGGAACUUGUCCAUGGGACCAAACUCAGCAGCCUGGCAUCAGUGUGUGUGUGGCCACUGAGGCUGGGUGAGGAACUGGCAGUGUGGCCAAUCAGCAGCCUUUAGCAUUUCCUCAUGGAGCCUUCAAGAACUGUCUUUUUUUUCCUCCCUCUUUUUCUCUUCCUCCUUCCCCCCAACUCCCAUACCUUUAGAGGGGCUGGGCAUUACCUGUUCCAAUCAAUCUGUAUGCUGGUAUUUUUGCUCCCUAAGGAUACCUAUGAAGGGUGUGUGUGUGAGGAGGGAGGUGCUGGGGAAAGACCCUCUGAGGCCGAGUCCUUCAUUGUGAUUCAUCACAGAAGGAUGUCUCUGCCAAGACUAAGGGGCUCAGGCCUCCUCAGUGCUUAUCGGUGGUCACCAAAACAAGUUUUAGCCUCGAAGAAGGCGGGGUGGGAGUUCAUGGUGAGAGUUUUAAAAAGCAAAGCAAAGCAAGUACUUAUUCUGUUUCUAGUUGGUUCAUUUGGUGGGUUUCCCUUUAGGGAGAUGAGCAGGGAGAGCAGCGGGAGAGGCCACAGUUAGAAGUCUAUACGUGUUUAAUUCUCUCUCCCUCUCUCUUUUUUCUCCUUUCCCAGCCCCUCCUGAGAAAUACAUAGACUGUAUGUAUAUAGUGAACUCUCCUUUAUUGACAUAUAUGUAUAUAUACAUCCCAUAUACAUAUACUGUGUGGUUUCCCCCUUCUUUCCUUUUUUUAAGAAACAAAACAACAAAAAAAAUUCCCAAAAGAUGAACGAAAUGUAUUAUUGUAAAGUUUAUUUUUUUUAAUAAUGUUGUCUAUAAUGGAAAAAAAUGGAAAUUUAACCCCUUUGUAUUCCUGGUCCAGACUCACCAAUAGGGCUGGAAAAGGGUGGGGGCAGCGACCAAUAUUCACGCUUAACCAAUGGUUCCAAUAAAUGUACUCGGAAGCAAUUUGCUUUCAACUUCACUCUAGG